AUGGACGAAAGCACAAAGCCGGAACACGACGCACACACAGAAAGGCACGAUGAUGAGCAAGCACGCAAACGGCCACGUUACGCUGCUCCCUUUGUGCCAACCAAUGCCCAGCUGCGAGAGAGAACGACGAUCCUUCUGCCUGGCAUGAAUGUGUACCUGCGUCUGCCCUCGGGUAUGAUGAAGCUCGUCACCUUGGAGAAGGGAAGUACUAUAUCUAUUGGAAAGUUCGGAUCAUUUGAAGCGGACCACAUUAUAGGAAAGCCGUUUGGGCCCACGUAUGAAAUCAAACCUGAUGGGUCCCUCGACAUUAUGCAUCAAGCCGUGGCGGAGGCGUUGGUCGAGAGCGAGGCUACGAACGAGAAUAUCUUUGAUGACGGCGAAUCACAGUCUUUGACGUACGAAGAUAUCAAGGCGCUGAAAGAGGCAGGUGCCACAGGCCGGGAAAUUAUUCAAAAGCAGCUCGAAGGAAACAAAAGCUACGAGAUGCGGACCGUGUACAGCCAAACGAAAAUCAUGAAACGCAAAGAGUCCAAGCAUCUCAAGUACUUUACGCCAUUGACGCCCGAUAUGUUUCAUGUGGCUCUCUACAACUUUGAUCGCAAUCCUGACAAAAUACGCAAUAUGCGCGCCGAUUCACUGGCCCAAUGUUUGUCGUUCUCGCAUGUGCAGCCAGGCGGAAAGUACCUGGUCAUCGAUGGGAUUGGCGGUCUACUUGUCGGAGCUGUUCUCGAAAGACUUGGUGGAUUCGGUUCUGUGCAUCUCAUUCACGACUCGGACUCACCGCCUGCCCUCGAGCUCAUGCCGCAAUACAACUUAAUGCCGUUCCAGACGCACAAUGUGCUCAAGACGCUGCAUUGGGCGGCUACCGAGAAACGAUGGACACUACCUUCACAUAUGUCAGAAGAACUUUCCCGUGUAUAUACCUCGGACCGUGAGCGGAAUCGUGCGCGCAAAAAGCGUGCGAAUAUUGAAGAUUUUAUCGCCACGCGCCAGCAAUUUUUCGAAGGCGAAUUUGAUGCCGUUAUCAUUGCAUGUCCCUACGAACCCUACUCGAUCAUACACCGCCUGACACCAUAUUUGGCUGGUUCUGCGAAUGUGGUCGUACACAGUCCGCACCUUCAACCGCUUGUGGAAGCUCAAGCACGCUUGCGUGCCUCCCAUUCUUUCAUUAAUGUGUCCGUGACAGAACCUUGGCUGCGUCGGUACCAGGUUCUGCCGGCUCGAACGCACCCUGACAUGAGCACGUCUGCUAGCGGUGGUUACAUUUUGCACGCGAUUCGCAUCCUUGAUGAUGUGGAGUCCGACUCCACAAGCGCGAAUGGGCCCAUUUUAUAG